AUGGCCGCGGCGGCGCUGCGCGUCGCGGUCGCGCUCGGCCUGGUUCGCCGCGCCGCGGGCGUGGGCGAGUUUCAGGACUGCAUCGCCUGCGGGUCCAACAAUUUGAACUGGAAGGACAUGGACCACUGCGAGCGCUUCGAGCCGCUGUCGCAGAUCGUCUCGUCGUCGAACUUCGAGGGGCGCCACGGCCACGCGAGCGUCGUCUUCCCCUACAACGACCGCCUCGCGCUGUGGGUCGUCGGCGGCCGCGGCAUCGCGUACGAGAAGUGGAACUUCGAGGUCACGCACCGGCGGGCCGACGUCUGGGUCUACAUCGUCGAGGACCAGCGGUGGCUGAAGAUGGAGAACCUGGAGGGCGACUUCUUCGCGCGGACCGACGAGGCGUUCCUCAUGGAGGACGUGCUCGACCCGGGCGACGUCGCGCCGUUCUGGGAGCGCUUCGGCCACAGUCUCGACGUCUUCCCGGCGUUGAACGUGUCCGCGACGACGGGCGAGGUCAUGGGCAAGAUCAACGCCAUGGUGCUCCUGGGGGGGUUCACGCCGCGGCCCGACAACGACGUGUGGAUGUCCAAGGACGGCAUCCGCUGGUUCCGCGUGGGCUACGCGCCCUGGACGGGGCGGGGCUACCACGCGACGGCCGUCUUCCGCGGGCGCCUGUACGUGAUGGGGGGCAGCCCGCUGACGAACGACGUCUGGGCCGGCGACUUCAACACGACGGGCUCCGUCGAGACGCCCGCGGGGCGCCGCGACGUCUGGCGCAUGUCCUGGGAGGCCAUGGCGCCGGGCACGGGCUCCUUCGAGGCGCCCGAGACCUGGAGCAUCUUGGACGACGCGCGGUGGUCGCCGCGCGCGGGCCACGGCGCGACGGUGCAAUUCUCGAUCCGCACGAACGAGAGCCGCGGCGAGACGCUGUAUCUGACGGGCGGCCUCGCGUCCUGGCCCGAGGGCCACCCGCUCGAGGACGGCUACCGGGGCACGAACGACGUCUGGAAGACGGAGGACGGCGCGAACUGGACGCGCGUCGUCCGCGCCGCGCCGUGGGCCGCGCGCGCGUGGCACAGCCUCAUCACCUGGACGGAUUUGACGGACGUCUACGCGGACGUGUCCCUGGCCGCGCGCCAGCCGAACCAGAACGAGCCCGCGGCGCCGCGGAUCUGGCUCGCGGGCGGCGGCUACGUCGGCAAGAAGGGCAACAGCGUCGUCGAGUUCGUCGACGCGUACUACGACCUCUGGUGGUCGCGCGACGGCGCGACGUGGACCCAGGUCGGGUCGUCCGAGGGCGCGGGCGACUACUUGUGCUCGUCGCUCGAGGUCUUCAAGCUCGACGAGAACAACUACGUCGGCAAGUACAGCCACACGAUGGUGCCCUUCUGGCAGAUCAUACCGGAUGCCCAGGUCUGCGAGACCGUGCAGUACAACCAGUACGGCUUCAUCUCGGGCUGCGACGCGCUCCGGGGCGCGGACAGCGCCGAGGGCCCGCGGACGAACCGCAUCGUCGUGCCCGCGCUCUACUUCAUCGGCGGCGACCCGGGCUACCUCAACGGCCAGAAGCUGUCGCCGUCCAAGGACGUGUACGUGUCGCGCGCGCCCGUGCUCUGCGAGGUCGACGGCCACAAGUGCCCGACGAAGGUCCGCGCGGACGGCGGCGGGCUGGCCGUCGAGACGUUCCAGUACGACGGCGUCGACGACUCCUACCGGAGCCGCGUGAACUGGGAUGGCAACAACGACAAGUCGCGGGGCGGCUUCUGCCCGGACCCCAUGGCCGCGUGCCCCGACGGCAACCUCGCGACGUGCUCCGAGACGCAGGAGCAGGUCACGUUCUACGUCGCCGCGAACAACACGGGCGAUUUGGAGUACCCGGGGCCCCAGGGCUACGCGCCGCGCUACUCCAUCGUCAACACGGACAACCGCUUCGCCUACACGGUCUACAACAUCACCGAGUACGGAUCCGACCAGCGCCACCCGCUCUCCAUGGCCGGCAUGUACGUCCACGAGGACAACGAGACGUCCUACCUCCAGGGCUUCGUCGCGCGCCUCGAGGGCUGCCGCUGCGCGGAGAACUUCGAGGGCGAGUACUGCGAAUCCGGGCCCCUCGACGCCGCGCGCCGGCUCCGGCCGCGCGCGGCGGCCGCGGCCCUCGCGCUGCUCCUCGCGCGCCGCGCCUAA